GAGCAGGACUUUUAUCUGCAGGACUCAGCUCCUCAGACUCUACAGAGACUCUGCUCUUACAGAAGGUUCACUCAGCAUCACUGAGACCUGCACUCUGCCCUCACAGGACGGACCUGAGCACACGGAGAAAUAUGGCUUCAGAUUUUAGAAGGCACAUUGAAGAAAGUAACAAGAUAGACAACGGACCUCCUGCCCGAUAUGAACUUCAGCUAAAAAGAGUUAAUCUGGACAAAGAAUCAGAUGAAGAAUCUAAACUGAGGAGAUUUACUCUUGGAGAAUGUGAUCCAAUGUCUCUGAACAGGACCAUCCUCCUGGUGGGAGAGACUGGGUCAGGGAAGUCCACUCUGGUCAACGCCCUGGUCAACUUUGUGAUGGGGGUGGAGUUUGAAGACAAAGUCUGGUUUGAGGUCAUCUCAGACGAGAAAGACAGACCCCAGUCUGAAAGUCAAACUUCUGCUGUGUCUGUUUAUGAAAUAUUUGGAUUUGAGAGAAAAACUGUCCCUUAUUCUCUGACCAUCAUCGACACUCCAGGAUAUGGACACACAGAAGGUUUAGAUAAAGAUGAGAUGAUUAUUCAGUUACUCCAGGACCUGUUCUGCAUCCCUGAGACAGUGGACACAGUCAGUGCUGUGGGUUUGGUCAUGAAGGCCUCAGAGAACAGACUGGACGAGAGGAUGGCUUAUGUCUUUAACUCUGUCACGUCUCUGUUUGGCAAAGACAUGGAGCAGAAGAUUGUGGUGAUGAUCACUCACUCAACAGGAAGAAAACCUAAAGAUGCUCUCAAAGCUCUGAAAGAAGCAAAGAUUCUUUGUGCCAGAGAUUCAAAAAAUGAACCAGUGCAUUUCCAGUUCAACAACUGCCAAAAUGAGACAAUUGAAGAUGACAGUGAUGAAGAGGAACUGGCACAAAAUGCAUUUAAAACUUCAAACAAGGGAAUGAAGAAGUUCACAAAGUUUCUGGAAACAGCAAAACCUCAGUCUCUGAAGACGACAGUGGAGGUGAUGAAAGAGAGAAUCAGACUCACGGCCUGUGUCCAGAACCUAAAGGAACGAGUGACAGAGGUGGAAAUGAAACAGGAGGUAAUCAGGAAGAACAGAGAGGAACUGGCACAACUUAAACAAGAGAUGGAGAAAAACAAAAACAUUAAAGUUAACAUAGAAGAAACCUACAAAGUGAAAGAAGAAAUAAACCACUGGUGGGACACCAAAGCUGUGACCUGUAAUAACUGUGAAGAGAACUGUCAUUACCCAGGAUGCACCUGGGCCUGGAGUCCAAGCUGGUGUGAGGUCAUGAAAGACGGGAAGUGUACUUCCUGUUCUGGGAAGUGUCCAGUGGACGCUCAUGUGAAAGAGAAGUGGAGAUAUGUGACUAAGACCAGAACAGUGGAAAAGACCAUUGAAGAAAUGAAGAACAAGUAUGAAGAGAACAAAACCAAGAGUGAGGAGAAGACCAGUCUGCUGCAGGAUCUGGAGAAGGAAUUGUCUGAUCUUGAACAGUACAAAAAACAGUGUCUGGACGAGGUCUUCAACAUCAUAGAGGAGCUGGAGAAGAUUUCUCUCAAUGUGAACUCAGUGUCCACUUUUCUUCAUCUGGAGUUCCUGUCUGAGAAGAUGGGGACAGGAGACACAGAAAAGAUCCAGAAACUUGAAAAACUGAGAAGUCGCAUGAAUAAGGCAAAUCAGGCUGCAGCUUCAUAUGCGAGUCGUGCUUAUGACUGGGUUAAAGGGCAUUUGUCCUCAAAAUAAACACAUAUAAAGAAGACCCAUGAUGCUUUUCUUCUGACUUUAGUAUUACUACAGUUCAGGUAUAUAGUACAGAGUAACUAUGAUUAUGAUUUCAUAUUUUGUUUACUUUAAAAGUAUAUUGUUGAUCUAAAACAGUUUAAUCAAAGAAACAGAUCAUUUGACUUCCUGUUUAAAACUUUUUAAUUUUGAAAAAUGCCUGUGUGACAUUUCUUGAUCUUGUGUGUAUGAUCUGAGGGAAAAAAGAAAAAAUAUCACGAGGGACUAGAAAAAGACAAUCCUUUCUUGAACUGGAAUGUGGUCCUUAGACAUCAUCUAUCUCCAUCUGUAACUCCAUCCUCAGACCUAAAGCAAACAAAGGAAACAAAGAGAACAGCAGAGAAAGCCACGAUGUGAAUAGUUGUGAAGGCACCGAUUAAUGAAGUACGACUCAGGCACAGUGCACACUGAGUGUAGCUCAAUAAAUGUAGCAUACAUACAGAAACUGUCAACAAACAGGUGUAGACGGGAAGUGUACUUCCUGUUCUGGGACGUGUCCAGUGGACGCCCAUGUGAAAGAAAAAAAGACCAGAACAGUGGGAACGACCACCGAGAACACGAAGGCCAAAUUUGAAGAGAACAAAACCAGAGACUGGAGAAACUGGUGUUUGGAUUGUUCAAGGUUGGACAUUUCAUUCUGCAGUGUCUGGAUCAGGUCUUUGAGUUGGUGGAGAAGCUGGAGAAGAUCACUCUGAACAUGGACUCAGUGUCCACCUUUGUCCAUCUGGAUUUUCUCAUUCAGAAAAUGAAGGAGAAGGAGAAAAAGAGAAGAUUCAAAAACUGUAGAAAAACAAGGCUGCUGCCAAAUACUCAAAGCUGAGUGAAAAGUCUCCUGUGAUGUGAGUCUAAUGUUCUCAACAAACCCUCAGUUCUCCACAAAACUGAAAGAAAAAGAGACAAAAAUAUGUAAAUGUGAUUGUGAUUUUGUUGUAAUAUCAUGUCCUGAGAGUCUGGAGGUUAUGCAGACGACAUCACAGCUUUUGGAACUUUAUUAAUCAGUGAAAUUAGUGAAUAAUGACAUUUCCAUCUGUAAAAUCUCAGGACUCAGAUAUUAUUUUAUAUAUUAUAUACUCAAGUCAUAAUUUCACUGUUCUGCUUCUGGAGACCUGCUCCUGUAAUCCUCCAUCGCACUGACACUUGUUAUUUCUGAAAUAUAAAAUAAAAUAAGUGGGUCACAUCA